AACACGGCUAUAUCUUUGAAUUCUUUGUUAUGUGCCCCUGCGUUUUACCCUCAACUUAUCCAUGGGUCAUAUCAAAAUCCAUAAUUUUGGCCCCCAGACCUGCCCUUGAGCUAUACGUGAGGUUGAUUUUUAGUUGAGUACCGCUAUACAGUGUAUGGUAUAUAACUGUUAACCUUUUAGCAGUUGAUUCAGUGAGUCUUGUUGAGACCAGCAAUUAGGCCCGAAAGAUCAAUUAACCUUGUUUUAAUGGUGUUAAAAGACUGCGUAAGAAAAGUGUUCCAAUGAAUUAAAUUAAGAUGCUGACUCUCUCAUAUAUCGUUCAAAUAAUUGGUUUUGACUGUGUCUUAGAAUUUCUUCUAGACCAGACUGUCAUGUUAUGAAGGCUCAAAGUUAUGCAGAUCAGCUGCUGAGAUAAGCUUGAGCUGAAUAAAUCCUAAAGCAUUUUUAAAAAACCGUGCUGGGUUUACAGUGGAUAAAUUAAUCCAGUCAGUUAUUUCUACUGUAUGUUACUGUAGAUUUUUAUAGGGGAUUUUCAACACUAUGUUAAAGUAAUCUGGAAGCUAGGAAGACACUACGCUAAGGUAUGACUCUAAUACAGGUGAACACUGCACUAUCACUUUUCAUUGUUAAUUUAUUAUUAAUUAUUUUCGACAUGGCUGAACAAUGAAAAAGAGUUCCUGGAUAAUAUACCGGAGGAGCUGGAUAACAACAAUGGCAAUACUUCCCUACCAGUUAAAUGUAGCAAGCUUUAGUACAAGGGAGUUUUUUGUUCUGAAUUAGUCAAUUUGGAAGAGUUAAGAAGAUUUCUUUUCAAAAUAUAGCCGUAUGAUUUGUACACUGCAAUUGAGAAGAGGGGUGUUUUUUUCCAAAGAAAUUGUCUAUGCGUAAUAUGUUUGCUGCUGCUACCAAAAGUUUUGUUAAGCAGGUUGGUGAUGGAGGUCGACUGGUUCCUGUUCGUAGUCUGAGCGAAGCAGAUAAAUACCAGCCGCUCAGUCUUGUCAUCAAGAGAAAAAGCUGUUUUCUUUCAGGAAGAUCAAGAUUUAUUUCAACGCCAUUCAGCUUAAAAGACAUUCUUCAAGGAGAAAAAGAAAUUUCAGCUGGUAUUUCAUCUUACCAGUUACUGAAUUAUGAAGACAAAUCAGAUGUAGCACUGAAUGGCAGACGAGGAAAUCACAUCAUGAACUCUGCUGGAGUCAAUAUUGCUGGAUCAGAUUCCCUCGCAGUGAAAGCUUCAUUUGGAAUUGUAACUAAACAUGAAGUAGAGGUACCAACGUUACUCAGAGAAGUGACUAAUAGAAAAAUGAAUUUUGACCAUUGCCUUGUCCGCCAGUCACGAGAAAGUAAGAAGACGGUUCUUUGUGUGGUCAUGGAAAGUAUCAGAACAACACGGCAGUGUUCGCUCUCUGUGCAUGCUGGCAUGAGAGGGGACACAAUGAGGUUUCAUAUUAUUGAUGAUCAUAACUACAAGGGACGUGACAAAGCUAUUGUCUUUCCUGCACACACAACUAUUGCAUUUAGUGUAUUUGAACUUUACAUCUAUUUGGAUGGUAAUUUUGAACUCUGUGUCACUCCAGAAUCCAAAGGAGGAUUUGAAAAAGAACCAUCAAGAUCAUUUUCAUUUACCAGAUUAAGGAAUACUCUGUUUCAUCGAAACAAGGGCGUAAUGGAUAUCAUUGCUCACCCGGAUAAUUACUUAGAUGACCUUUUUACUGACUACUAUGAAAAGGCCGCCAGCGUGACUGAUAUCUCUGCAAGCUACUUUCGAGAAGGAUCUCAUAUACGUGUGAAUUUACUUAAUAACAACAUCCCUAAAGGUCCUUGUUCCCUGUGUGGGAUGGGAAGUUCCAAAAGGGAAACAGUGUAUGGGUGCCUGGAGUGUUCUUUUAAUGGACAAACAUUUGUAAGACUACAUGCCGUGCCUUGUUUUGACCUGUGGCAUAAGAGAUUGAAGUAAACUUUUAAAUAACACAUUGGAUGUGGAUCCAGAUUGUUAUUUGCCCCUGAACUUUUAAUGGUAUCUAAAUGCAACUACCUUAGCUGGGAUCCUUCCUUUUAUGUAUGUUUAGCCAUGUUAGUGCCAUAGAAUUUUUGUGAGUUACAAUUGCAAAAGCAUAAAAAUGAAGCCACAGAUGAUUUUCUUUACUUUCCUGCUUUUCAAGCAAUAUUUUAUUUUUAAAUACAAAAGUAUGCCUCUCUUUCAAAAUGUGUUGUUGAUUCAUUCUGACUUCAUAAGACAGAAUAGCUAACAUGUACUCAAUUUUGAGUUAGCACUUCAACUGAAGUAUAGAAGUUAUUUCUGUACUGUAUUUUUAAAGGAAUAUUCUACAAACGUUUGCUUGUGUCUAAAGAAAGGAAUGUAGUUUAUCUUAACUAGACCACUGUAAGAUGGUAAGAAAAUGUAUGAAUUAUUUAUUAAUGGUAUAAAUAAUGAAUUGAAGUAUCAGAUUAAGAACAUGUUUGUGUUUGCUCCGGUAAAAAAAUACAGAGAAAUAAAAGCUAGACAUUCGUACAGCAUGAAUGUUUAAAUUUGAAUUUGCCAGUGUUUCCCCACUUAACUCUCCCAUUUAGUCUAUAUUUGUCAUUAUUACUGCACACAUUAAUUUUGUUUUUAAAAUGUUACGCCUUGCUACUUUUAGUGCCUCUUGAUGUAUUUGAAAAUAAUAGAUAUAUUUUAAAUAAUAAAGACAUACCUUU